AAUAAUACACUACUUAUCUAUAUAAGCAUCUUUGGCAAUCACAUAAUCAAUAAGCAAAAUCAAAAUUUGAUAAUUAGCAUACACAAGAAGAAACCAAAUUAAUGGAGGAUCACCUAAAGGGAAAGCAAGGAAAGGAGGAGAAAGCCGGAAAGGACGAGGUUCGGUUCCGAGGCGUGAGGAGAAGGCCAUGGGGGAAGUAUGCGGCGGAGAUAAGGGAUCCGUCGAAGCAAGGGACAAGGAUAUGGUUAGGGACAUUUGAUACGGCUGAAGAAGCAGCAAGAGCUUAUGAUAGAGCAGCUUUUAAUUUGAGGGGUCAUCUUGCAAUUUUGAAUUUUCCUAGUGAGUAUUAUUCUAAAAUAAGAGGGUCACCACCAUAUCCACCUCAUUUAGCACCCCCAUCAUACACCUCUUCAUCAUCUCAUCAUGCUAGUGGUAGCUCUUCUGGGCCUCAACAUAGGCCCAUUUUUGAGUUUGAGUGUUUGGAUGAUAAGAUAUUGGAGGAACUUCUUGGAUCAGAGGAGGUGAAGAAAAAAAAGUAGGGAGAAUGAUUAGUACUAAAUCAUUUCUCUAUUAUGCUUUUAUUUAUUGCUUUGAGUUUUCUCCUUAACCUACAUACUAAUGUGUAAUAACUCAAUCUCUAUUCUGCUUUAAGUAGAUAACCAUAUAUAUAUGCAUAUAAAUAUAUCCAUUGUUUGGUAAAAGAAAUAAAUAUAUCCAUUAUAUGUCAUUGUGUUUAUUGAAGUUUCUUUCUAAAAAUAAUUAUUAUUGAAAGAUUUGUCUACUACCCAAACUUUA